UGGCAGCACUUGGUCCAGGUGGCAACGUUGUGGGUAGAAAAGCGUUUUGCAGAAGAAAUAUUUUCGCUUUUUGUAAAGUGUAAUACAAAAUUAUCAUAAAUGUCAUCCUUUAAGCCGAUUGAUCCAAAACGUGAUGAGAUUCGCCGAUAUCUUGAACGCGGAAGCGUUCUCGAUUCACUUACGAAAAUCUUUAUACGCAUAAUCAAAGAACGUCCAGAAAACCCAAUGGAGUACAUACGAAACAAUAUUGGCAUGGUGCGCCAUCAACAUGACAAAUACGAGCGUCUAUCGCAGGAUCUUCAGGAGGCGAACGAGGAAAUUCAACGUUUGCGAGCCAUUAUAAACAGCAUAGAUCCUGAAGUACUUCAGAGUCACGUACCGCACGUUCCCGUCGAAUCCGAGGAUUCCGAACCAGUGACAGCUGCUCAAAAGGAUGUGGCAUCAACCGAGAUUCCUGAAAAUGUAACAGCAAUCAAAACUGAUGAAUUGGCAACAGCUGUCGAGAAUUGUCACAUUGAGGAGAACAACGUGGCUGCUGAUGCCAAGGUCGAUAGUGCAAACCAAAGCUCAUCCGUCCAAACUGAGUCCACCAGCACUAACAAUACCGAGUAAAAUAUUCGCAAAAUCUCUUACUCUAAACAUCCCAUUAGAAUGCAUUCUCAUAGAAAUGAUACCAGUUUGUAAGACUAAUUAAUGAAUAAAAAGUAUUUUCUUAAAUGUAAAUAAAUGCAAAUACCUUUAAUGGUACACCAGUUGCUAAUGCUAA